CCAAUAGCUGAGCAGGGGCAAUUAACAGCAGCCCAGGCCGGUGGCGGGGCGGGGGCAGGUCUCCCCUUGGCCGGCCUAGGAGCUCAGUCGGGUCCCUGCAGCAUGGAGGGGCUUUGCCGUGGCCCGCUCGGCCCCGCCGCUGCCCGGCCCCUGCCCUGAGCCUGCCAAGAUGCCGCGUGGGGGCGGCCUCCUGCCCCCCAUGGCGCCCUAGGGCGCCGAGAUCCGUGCAGCGCCGGGCAGCCGGGCCAGGCAUGUUCAGCCAGGAGGGGCUGCCCGCCCCCGCCUUCAGCCUGGGGCCCGGGGGCCUGCAGGAGGCGAGCGGCCCGUUCGGCAAAGGCAGCUACAGCAUCGCCCCCCAGCCGCCCUUCUUCCCCUUCCCGGCGGUGAAAGCGGAGUACGAGCCCCCCGAGCUGCCGGCGGGGGAGCCCGGCCAGGCCAAGGCCUGGUGCCCUUUCCCAGGCCCGGAGCCGGGCAUGGCCGGGGGGCCCCCGGGCCCCCAGCUCCUGGAGAGCGGGCAGGCCCCGAAGGAAGAGCCCGGCCAGGAGAGGGGGCGCAGAGACGGGUCCCCGGAAGCCCAAUGCGCCCUCCUGCCCGCGGGCGCCUACUACGCCCAGCCCUGGAACAGCCCUUUCUGGCCCGCCCUGGCUGGGCACAGCGCGGCGGCCCGCGGGCCCCUCCCCGGCCAGACCUGCCCCGGGGCCGGGCUGUGCCCCGGGGCCCGUCACCUCUACCCCAGCGACCCGCACCAGCCCCCCCGCGGCCUGGGCAGCAGCGGCAGCUCCAGCGGGGCGGCGAGCGAGGGCGGCCACUCCAGCGAGAGCGGGGACGAGGACACUACUCCCACCUCGGAGGAGCUGGAGCAGUUUGCCAAAGACCUCAAGCACAAACGCAUCACCCUGGGGUUCACCCAGGCUGACGUGGGGAUGGCUCUGGGGACUCUGUAUGGGAAGAUGUUUAGCCAGACGACAAUCUGCCGCUUCGAAGCCCUGCAGCUGAGCUUCAAGAACAUGUGCAAGCUGAAGCCGCUGCUGCAGCGCUGGCUCAACGAGGUCGAGAACAGCGACAGCCUGCAAGAGCUGUGCAAUGCAGAGCAAGUGCUGGCCCAGGCCCGGAAGAGGAAGCGCAGGACCAGCAUCGAGAACAACGUCAAGGGCACGCUAGAGAGCUUCUUCCGCAAGUGCGUGAAGCCGAGCCCCCAGCAGAUCUCGCAGAUCGCCGAGGAUCUCAACCUGGACAAAGACGUGGUGCGAGUCUGGUUCUGCAACCGGCGUCAAAAGGGCAAGCGGCUGCUGCUGCCCUUCGGCGAUGAGAACGAGGGAGCCACGUACGACAUGAACCUGGCCCUGGCACACCCAGCCCUGCCCGCCGCAGUGAGCUCCCAAGCCUACGCCCCGGCCCCCCUGGCCUCGCCCCCUCCCAUCUACAUGCCGGCUUUCCACAAGGGCGAGAUCUUCCCUCAAGCUUUGCAGCCGGCGGUCUCCAUGGGGAGCAGUGGCAACUGAAUCUGGGGGCCGGGGGCUCCCUGGGAGCUGGACGGAGGUGGCUCCUUGGCGGUGCUGCUUGGCUGGCUCCCCGGAGAGAAAAGCACCCCAGAGAUCCUGCGGCUGCUCCCCAGACGCCUGACUCGGGAGGGUUGGGGGGGUUCACUGUCUUUGUUUAUUUGCUUUUUUGUGAGGGGGAGGGGCAGCAAACCAGGCAGAGCGAGCGGCUCACCCUGCGCUCUGCAGUGAGUCCCCGUCCUUCCCACCGAUCUGAAUCGCUCCUGCUGUGAGGAGCCUGCUCCCCCCUCCUCGAGUUGAUCUACCUAUCCUGCCCUUCCCCCCCGGGGGGCAGAGCCUCGUCGCUCAUUUGCAAACGAUGUUUUAUCUAUUGUUAGUUUGGAGAAGGAAAAAAAAAAGCCCUUUUUAGCCAUUUCUAGUUUUUAAAUGAUCCCGUCUCUGUCUCUCUCUGUUGCACGCAGCCGGGCUGUGCGAGCCCUGGGGUCCGUCACUCCCAAGGCCUCUUUGUCCCAGGCAGCCGUAAACCUGGGAGUUUCCAAGGAGCCUAAGAGAGUUAGUGCCCAUUGUGUGCCAGUGAGAGCUGGGCCCUUGUGUCUCCUUGGCAAAUGCCAGCCUGUGGCUCAGCCUUGCUCCCUGGGCCCGUAGACACACCUUGAACGGUCCCAGCUCUGUCUCAACCAGUCGGCAUUUUCCAAGGAGAAAAUGUUUCACUGAACAAUGCCAGACCCAUGUGUACUUAAUGUGCCUUCCCCGCCUGGCUCUAGAGCGCAAAUGCUUCAGCUGCCUUGUCUCCUACCAACCCUGCCCCUUCAGGAGCCCCAGCCCUGACAAGUGUCCAUAGGGCAUAGGAGGCUCUUCAGUUACCCUUGGGAAGCCCUGGUGGAUGGGUUACCCUGCUGGAGCCCUGCUGAGGCCUGUAACGGCUUAGGGCCCCCCGUGUUUCCCAACUGCCGGUGAGAGUAGCCUCCUCUCUCCCCUAAGGUCUCAACUCUGCACUUCAGGGCUUUGGCUCUCUGCCUGGAAGCUUUCAUUGUUGGCUCCCUGCACCCUGCUCGCUCGGAGAAGUGGUGUCAUGGGUGGAAAGGGAUAGAAGUGCUUCUCCCAGCCCCGGCUCUGUGAGGCUCUGAUUCCACCCGCACACCAGCAGAGUGACCUACCAAGCACAGCGGACCCCCCGCCCCGUAGAACUGCAGCCUGGUAAGGGGGGCUCAGCGAGAAAACAUUGCGCAUUGUAACAAGAACAAACCAUUUUCGAGAGCCUCUUAUUUUGUACCCGGCACUGCACGUUGGGUAGAGCCGUACAGAUCCUCCUUUCCGUAGAGCGCUCUUGGAGCGCAGCGUGAAUGCGUGCUGGGGUCGAACAGGCAUGAGAAAGAGGGUGGGACUCUGCAAGCUCCACCCCCAACCAAUCUCCACUCCCCUCAGACACCAAAAUGGA